CUUCGCAUCCUCUGUGAGCGACCAGGCUGACUCCCCCCCCUUCAGCCCCCGGGGCUUCUUUGCUGUCGGCACAGCUGUUGCUCAAUCAUGGCACACAGCCACCAGCAGUCCCCUUACUACACUCUGUCGACUCUGCCACCGUUGGAGUUCGACAUGGAGGAUCUGGGCAGCUACUACAGUUACCCCAUGGCGCCUGGGCCUGCGGCUGACUCUCUCGGACCCCUGAAUCCCCCAUACCAUGAUGCAUUGGGGGAAUCCAACCCCGGAGGGGUGCAUGUACCACAGCAGCCACCACCACCGCCGCCGCCACCAUCCGCGGUGUCCAGCUCCGGACCGACUCCCUCGCCUCUGCCUCCCUUCUCUUCGCCGACAGCCCUCGGGCCACACGAAGUCGCCCCCCCACCGACCGGCCCGGAGUCCCUGGGCUCCAAUGAAGAUCCUGGACCGUAUGCACAGGUGGGACCGAUGUACCCUCCGCCAGGGCCGAGCCAUGGCGCCCCGGAGAUGGGGCACUUUGCGCGGGACCAUCCUCCCCCGACUGGCCCGGGGCAUGUGUCAUCGCCUCCGCGAUCACCCACCGGGACACCGGCCCUCUCGUCGGCACAUCUCCAUUCUCACCAUAUGGUCUCGUCGCAUGGGCAUCAUUUGGCCCCAAGCCACGGACACUCCCUCUCCUCGGGACCCUCCCCUGUGUCGGUCCCGAUCCACGGCAGCCACCAUGCCCAUCUCUCCUCGGCGCACGGGCAUUACCACCUUCCGGCUGGCGCGCCUCCGCCCCUUGGGCCUGUUUAUUCCCCGGCCGAUCCGAUGGUUCACCAGUCACAUCCUCAGCCUCAAGGGGGGCCAUCGGCCGUGCAAGACCCCCCUCCGCCCCCUUUGCCAAAUGUUACCCGGCCCGCGAGCACGCGAGAGGAUCCGAAGCGCCGGCGCGCGGGCGCCCCGGCCAAUGGCAGCGUCACCAAGCGGAAGCCCACUCGCGGCGCCGGGGCAAUGGCCUCCGGGCGAAGUGUGUCCCAGGCGACGACCUCCGGAGUGGCUCCCUCUUCGCCGAGCCCGUCCUCGGAGCCCAGCUCUCCGGGCCCCUCCUCCCCGGGCCCGGGAUCUGACGGUCGAGCUGGCGAAGCUGGCGACACUCUGUCGAGCUCCGGGGCCGUGGUACCGCUGGAGGUGUUGCGUAAGCGGAACUCCGAAUCCUCGGCUCGCUAUCGGCGGAAGAAGGCCGCCGAGUUUGACUCCCUGCGUCUGGAGUUGCAGGGUGUGCAGGAUCAUCUGCGUCGGGUGCAGGAGGAGCGUGAUGCACUCGAGCGCCAGGUCAUCAUUCUCGGCGAGCGAGUGGCCGAAAAGACUCGUGCUUACGAUCAGCUGUUGGCGGUGUUGGCCGGCAGCGCUGGGCUCGGUCCGACGGUUUCACCGAGCGGCAGUGCCGGCCUGCUCUCCUCUGAGGAGGGUGCCGCCCAGGGGCCAGCCUUUCCCCCGGUGGCCCCGGCAGCGGCCCCAGCGGCCGGACACAUUCUCCGCCCAACCGGCAAAUAGCCAGCUCCUCGGAUCACCUUCCUGUUCCUGGCGCGGUUCUCCUUUCCCGAACUGCGAAUUGGCCCUUUCUUUUUUUUUUGUAGACAACCUCCCUCCUCUUGCCCGCCUUUCCCAGCGGGGCACUUUCCCUCCUCUUGCCCGCCUUUCCCAGCGGGGCACUU